AAUCUUCUUGUUCUCUUAUUGGAAAAAGAAACAAAGAAAAACUGAAACAAUUCCACCGAGUUGGCAGUUGGAUUGUGAUUCCUCCAUUUACCAAACAACGAUUUUAAUUUUUAAAUAAAGAUGAGUAAGCAUAUGACUUGACAUACGAUUUUGAAAUACAAAAUUCCGCUCAUGAUCAGUUCCUUUAGGCAAAUAUCAUAUGUGCAAAGAAAAUAAUCCCCCUCCCGACCGUCGGUGUUUCGUGUUGGAGGGCUCUAAUGUCAUCCGAUUCGUAAUUGUUGGAUAUAUAUGAUGAUAAUUUUGUAAAUAGUCGUCAUUAAAUAGAUCCAACGAACAUAAAUAGCAUUAUGGGACCUUUUAAUGGUAAUAAAGCACGGUAGCCUCCUCUGAAUUUCGGGCGAUGCGCUCUUGUCAGUUGUCACACAUUGUUACUCAAGCAUACUUCGAUUUUGAUGAAUUGACCAUGUGUUGUGGGCGUGCAGGAUGUUUGGGACAUGGCCAAUGGCAUUGCUGACUCCACACAAGAGUGAGGUGGUAAUCCAAGGAACUGUCUGCGAGCAUCUCAACAAAAUGAAGGAGGCUACAACUACAACAAAAGAAUUAGAAGUAGUAGUAGUAGAAGAGGAUCCAAAAAUUCAUGUUUCCGGCUUUGCAUUCAACAGUUCAAUUCUUUGGGACCCUGAAAGAUGGGGCCGCCCUUCUUCCUCACAACGCACCUCCCAGAAUUCAAUCAAGUUUGUGAAGGAAGCAGCUCUAGAAGUACAAGCGGAGACCAAAUUAACACAAGGAGAGUGCUCUAAGAUAAUGGUAUGGCGUCUUCGGCUCCCCACUACUACUCCCGAAACAAUUCUUUCUUCUUCUUCUUCUUCUUCUUCUUCUUCUUCUUCAGAUAUCAGCAUCCUGUCUCAAUAAGCAAAGCAUUCAUUACAUCCACACCAAGACCUAGCCAAGCCAAACCGACCUCUACGGAAAUUUUCUUUUUUCCCCUACUUUACCUCUCUUUGUGUAAGUUCCCACGCCGUAAGGUUAUAAAUUAGCCAUUCUUUCUUCUUCAUCUAUUAUUAAUAAAUAAAGAAUAUAUAUUGCUUUUCUUUCCUACUGCCUUUCAUCCCUCCGGGUCCGGACGGACUCCUUAGAAUGUACUAGAUUCGGUUCAUAAUCGAGAUAGAAACUAGAUAUAGAAAAAUCAAGAAAUUGAGAAUCCUAUGUAAAUCCGAAGUUUUGAUUUCGUGUUAUUAUCAAUGUUAAUAAAAUUUUAUGGAAUUG